UGUCAUUUUCUACGACUCUGUCGUCUGGAAAAAGCGCCCCGCCAUGCCAGCGCAGUGAAAUCUAGCCAGCCGUGAAAAGCAAGUUGAAAGUUUAUUCAGUCUGGAACUAGACUUUGUCGAGGAUUUGUAUGUGUCAUAUGGUAAAUCUUGAUUCUCGCGUCUUACCCUGUAGUACUUUAAAAAGGAAAACUUUUGAAUAUUUUGGACUGAAGCCCGGCUUGACAAGCAAUGUUUGAAACAUUAGGGCCUACCAUGAUGACAGACAUGAUAUAGGCCAAGGUGCUACAACUACAAGGUGCAGGCCUAUCGCCUACCAGUCGGUUACCGUGUUAGCAUGAUUGUAUAAAAAAAGUGCUGCCAGUGCCAGAAUGGGUAGACGAGGCUGGAGAACGAGGACCUACAAGUCUGCAGGAGUGAGCAACAGAAAAUGGAAAAGAAAGCCAUACUAUCCCACUUUUGACCUUGAGUCACUGACCUGUGUUACGUGGCCCUCAGAUGGCUUUGAUGACAGUGAUCUGGUGGGCAUGUUGGACCGGACGACGGCUGCAUCGGGUCGUCUGAACACUAGUGGCGAGGACAACGAUGACCACGAGGAUGAAACACUGUUUGGAACUAUACGUGGUGCAAUAGUGGGCAUACAGUACUACAGAGGAGAGGUGAACAACAACGAAAUGGUUGCUAUGUUGAGGCAGCCAGAGAAUCAGUACGACAGAAAUGCCAUCAAGGUGGUCAAUAUCUGGGGUGAGCAGGUGGGCCACAUCAAGCGAGAGAUGGCGGCAGCUUUGGCACCCGUGAUUGAUGGGAAACUGGCUCGUAUUGAAGGUGUUGUUCCCUUUGGAAAGAAUAACACCUACCGCAUCCCUGUCGACAUCUCAGUCUGGGGACGAGCUGACCAGAAACCCCGGGUCGUCGAUAUGCUAGCAUACCGGGGAGUGAGGUUUGAUCCCCCACGCUCCCUAUCAGAGCCUUGGAGAGGGGGCAUGGCACAGUCUGGCCCAACAAAACUUUAUAAGCCACGAGCCUCAGCUGCAGGCCCUGUUGAACUCACCAAAGCUGAGAUGAACAAUGAAAUUGAUCAACUGUUUGAUAAUCUGAAACAAGUGGAAAAAACGACCAUGAUGGAACCAGCAGAGGCAAUAGCCAGCACGCUUUACCCACAUCAAAAGCAAGCUCUGAACUGGAUGUGCUCCCUAGAGAAUUCAGACGACCUCCCACCUUUCUGGAAGAGCCAAGGCUCCUCCUACCUGAACACUGUGACCAAUUUCAUCAGCCGGAUCAGGCCGCCUACGGUGAAGGGUGGGAUCCUUGCCGAUGAGAUGGGACUGGGAAAGACCUUGGAGAUGAUCGCGUUAAUCCUGACCAACUUCCACGAUGGAAAGCCUCUGGCUGCGCCCAAUCCAGAAAGGACCCAAGAAGUUGAGUGCCUCGGUUCUGAUUCAGAUUCCGACGCCUGCGAUGAUGACAGUGCCAAGCCUUUAACCACGCAAGUCCCAGGCUGUCCUCCAGCAGUUGGAAAUUCCGAACCUGAUCCUGAGACAAAAACAGAGUGGACAGCCAAGCCUGAAGUCCAAGAAGAUCCUGUGGUUAUCAUUGAGAUGGUGCAAACCCCAGAAGCACAAGCGGAAGAUGUGAUAGUAUCGGAGAGUCUGCCUGAGAGUGAUGUGGUGAUUGUGUUGGAUGACGAAGAAAAAGAAGAUGUGGUCAGAUCAGUGCCAGAGGGUGAGAUUGUCACAAGCAGUCGUCCUAAAAGAGCUGCUAAGAAGACUGUACGUUAUGUAUUCAGCGGCUCUGAUGACGAUCAAGAGUCUGAGGAAGAGGUGAUACCCAAGAAGAAAGCCAAGAAGAAGUCCAAGGAGGAAAAAGCCAUUAGUGAAAGUCAAAAGAAGGCAAGGCCCAAAUCCGCAGCAGCUGAUAAGAGCAAAGAACCCAAGACGCAGAAGAAGAAAGGUGGCACUAAAGUCAAAGGGAAUGUCUCACCAGAUGUACAACUCCCAAGCCUGCCCCAGCUGCCAAGUCUUCCGGGCCUGGGCCAGUUUGUACCAAGCGUCGUGUCAACUUGUACUGUCACCACCUCUAGCAGCCCUUUAACGGGAUCCCUAUCUCAGGCCAUAGCAGGGACCUCUAGUGAUGGUGGUGGACCUCCCAAGGGGCCCAGGCCCACCCUGAUCCUGUGCCCGCUGUCGGUGAUUAGUAACUGGCUGAACCAAUUCGAGGAGCAUGUGAGGCCCGACGUUGACCUGGACGUUUACACUCACUAUGGCUCGGACAGAGCGAAGAGCCAUUCCAAGCUUGUCAGCAAAGAUGUCGUCAUUACCACCUAUAGCACCCUGGCAAACGAAUACAAGACAAAGAAGGGCAAAAGUCCCCUGCACAACGUGGAUUGGUUGAGAGUUGUCUUAGACGAGGGCCACACGAUACGCAACCCCAGUGCUCUGCAGACGAAGGCUGUAUUGGAACUGAAAGCCCAACGUAAAUGGAUUCUGACAGGAACCCCCAUCCAGAACAGCAUCAAGGACCUGUGGCCCCUGAUGGCCUUUCUUGGCCUGGAGCCUUUCAAGUCUGACAGGAUGUGGUGGCAGCGAACCAUCGUUAGGCCCAUCAACCAAGGCGACAAAUCUGCUGUGAGACGAAUAUCUCAGCUGAUGGAACAGAUUGCCUUGCGCCGCACCAAGACCCAGAAGGUCAAUGGUCAACUCCUGGUUGACCUGCCAGCCAAGUCGGUCUUUGUACAAAAGGUGGAGCUUUCGGCUGAUGAGCGAGUGGUGUAUGACAGCAUGGCAAAGGAAGGAAAGUUGGCCAUUGGCAAGUAUUUCAACACAGGAACUCUGUUGGCCAAUUACGGCAAUGUCCUGGCCAUUCUGUUGCGCCUUCGCCAAUUAUGCUGUCAUCCAGCUCUGAUUGCUGCAGCUGUAGCUCUCAAAGAAGCCGCGAAUGCUGAAGGAGGGGAAGGCCAGGACGAGUUGAAGAAGAAACUUGUUGAAACCUUGCUGGCAGUACUCAGUCAGGGAGCAGAUGAGGAGUGUUGCAUCUGUCUGGAUUCUCUACGUGGGCCUGUCAUUACACCUUGUGCUCAUGUCUUCUGCAUACGUUGCAUUAGUGAGGUCAUCAAUACUGGGGUUUCUGCAAAGUGCCCACUCUGUCGUGGGAACAUCAGCAAGGAGACCUUGGUGGAAGUGCCGCGAGAGGUCCAGCAAGACAAACAACAGCCAGUCGAUGCUGACUGGCACUCCAGUGCCAAGGUUGAUGCUGUAAUGGAAUGCCUAAUUAAAGAAAGAGACAAGGACCCAACUACAAAGAGUGUAGUGGUUUCACAGUUCACCAGCUUGCUUGACCUUGUGGAGAAACCUCUAAGAGACAGUAGUUUCAAGUUCGUGCGACUUGACGGUAGUAUGUCUGCCAAGCGUCGAGCCGAGUCCAUGGGGGAAUUCUGCAGUCCCAAGCCAAACUCUCCCACUGUCAUGCUCUUAUCGCUCAAGGCAGGGGGCAUUGGAAUCAACCUCACAGCUGCAACUAGACUGUAUCUGCUGGAUCCUGCCUGGAAUCCUGCAGCUGAAGAUCAGUGUUUUGAUCGUUGCCAUCGACUCGGACAAACCAAAGACGUUGUUAUCACCAAGUUCAUUGUGAAGGACUCCAUAGAGGAGCGUAUGCUGGAACUGCAGGACAAGAAACGCAAGCUGAUUGCCAGGGCCUUUAGCAAGAAACUCACCACAGAGGAGAGACAACAGGCUCGCAUCAAUGACAUCAAGACAUUGAUGGACCUCUCUGGCGUGGUGCCUGGCCAGUCCACUAAGUAGAGGUAACAAAGAUGCACGGGAGCAGUGUGAAAGAUGUGGAUCAAGUUCAAGGUGAGCAAAAUUGUUUGUUUACAGAUGACGCAGAAGCAACUUAGAACAGGUGCAUUGUUCUUACAGAAGUUUUGCUCAAAACUAGGUCACACUUUCUCUACAGUGUGAAUGGAUGAUGGACUGCGUAGUUUGUUUUCCCGUUUUGAUGGAAAAGAAGUACAUGUACCCGUGCAUUUAUACAACCAAAGAUAAUAGAGUUAUGCAUUACAUGUUAUUUAUUUGUAUGAGUAUGCUUGCCUUUUUUUUUUGAAGUUGACUGCAUGUAAUGAAAGAUAGGCAACGAUCAGUACCCUUGGGCAUCUCCUGCAACUCAUAAAAGUAUCUUUAUUGAAAGUAUAAUCACUUGGAAUCAGUAUUUUUUUCUCCAUUACACUCAGAAGUAACCAACAUAAAAACUUAGUGAGUGGCUUUAAUAGGCUUCUUGAGAAAUAAUUACUGUUGCAUCUACAUGUAUUCAUUUUAUUUGACAUUCAUUCAUCUAUGACAGUAAAGUAUAUUUUGCAUUACAUGGACAAUGGCGGUUUAUGGAAACAAAUGGGUCCAAAGCAGUCCUCAUAAAAUUAUUAGUAGAAUUACAUGAAACAUUUCCUUAGCAUUUACAUGUACCUUGGGUGGAAGUCUGCACAAGAUUGUAGGUUAUGUAUUGCAUGUGCUCAAGUUUCAGUUUGUCCUAGUAUAGGACUACAGAUAAGUAUUUCAAAGGUGUGCGGUUUUAUAAUCAGGGGAAACAUACGAUCAAACUUUUAUUCCAACACACAUACAUGUACAUUAAAGAUUAUGCUCUUGCAACCUUUCCAAUUCUGUAAACUACAUGUAAAAAACUCGACGGAAAAUGUUGUAUUCGUAAAAUAUAAAAAAAAAUCAGGUUCAGGAAAAAAAGGUUUUACUUUUACAUCAACUCUUUUAAUCUGUGGAUGCAAUCUUCUGUUACAAAGGACUUGAGAGUUUGUCUCCAUUGUUAGUGUCGCUGUUUUACCGUUGACAUUCAUUUUCUCACUUUUAUAUGCAAUCAGUAUUUUGCUUCAUUGAUAUUUAUGUUACAUGUUCAAGCUAUAGUGAUUUUGUUUGCUCGGUUUGCAUGUCAUGUUUGUUUUCCAUUGGUGGUAGAAAACAAUUUAAUUAAAUUUCGUUGGUUGAAAUUUUA